AUGAAGCGUUCGUUGGGACAGAGUACUACCUCCGCCGGCGGAGGUCCGCCCUCGGAAGCGGAGGCGGAGGCUGUUCCCUUGUCGAAGCGUGAGUGGCUGCUCGAACGCUUCCCGCUCUUGUCCUACCUCAUCUUUCCCAUCUUGUGCAUCCCGCCGUGCUACUGGCCCUUCUCGUGGCCGCGGCUCCGGCGCAAGAAGGUCGAGGGCCAUCGGGUCCACCGGCGGGACUACCUCGACUACGAGGAGUGCACCCUCGAGAAGCGCCUCAACAAGGCGGCCGCCCGGCAGUUCAUCAUCGACAACGACCUAAGCGGGUUCGCCGACGUGCGCUACUUGCCAGAGGUCAAGAAUGACGUCGUUCGGCUCAUCUACCUCACCACCAUCACUUCCGUCGCCGACGGCAGGCUGCCCUACACCCACCGCCUCAAAGCCGCGGCACUUGCGACAAUGUCUGCAGACAUCUUCAAGAUCAGCGCCAAGGCCGACUUCUGGACGGUGCUGUGCCUCAACCUGGCAAUGGUCUUCGUCCCCCUCUUCGGCCUGGUGGCCCUCUUUUCCGCGCUCGCCUUCAUCGAUGCGCUCUCUGCCAAGGAAGCGGUGCUCGUCCCGGCAGCGCUGGCGGCCUUCUUCACGUCUGUGGCCGGACUGCUGAGCCUGAUUGCCACCGGUUCCAAUCCUCACUUCGCUUCGGUGGCGGCCAACGAGAAGCAGAACGCGCUGGUCGAGCUGGAAAACGACUUCGCUUCGUUGGCCAUCGACUUGCUCAAGAUGUACAAAAAACCUCUUCCCAUCAUUGUCACCGGGUACUACUCUCAGGACCGGGCGUCGCAGGACUUCGCUCGGCGCAUCGCCCGCGGGCUCAAGGUCGGGGUACUGCGCGACCUUCUCGCCAAGCAGACCGAAUGGAACUUGACCGAACCGCUGAGGGAGGCCAAGCGGUUCAUAUUACACAAGAACGUGUGCUUCCACUCGACCACGAUUCGAUGCUACCUCACCGGGGAGCACCGCCACGAGAUCAAGCGACGCAAGGCCCUCUCCAAGGCGGAGAACUACUUCAAGAAGCUCAACAUCCCCACUCUUGAGGAUGACUGUCUCUCGAGUGACGGCGGCAUGGCGGACAUGGGCUCCGACACGGACACCGAAUGGGAGGGCGACAUGGCCGCUCUCGAUUCCACUCCACCGCCUCCCCCUGCGUAG